AUGCGCCUUUUACCAAGGCCCAAGGCAGCCAAUCGGGGCAGCCCGACGGCGCAGAUGGUCGGAUUGACGGGAUGCGCUGCGACAAGCAAGCAAAUCAGCCGAUCUGAUCUUCACCAAGGAGCCCACAAAUCAAGUCAAGUUGGACGCGAAGAAAUUCACCAGUCUCAAAUCACUGCGUGUGUGACCUCUGUAUCAAUCACCGGACCAGGCGGGAGCAAUUUAUGGAACCAAGCAACUGCCGUACCUGUCCGUACCUACGUCUAUGUAUAUGUAUAUGUGCGGAUGCGUGGGAUAGAUCAAUACUGGGCAUCCAUGGGUGUAUGUAGAAAAAGACGUAUGCGCGGUAAUACCAAGGGGCCAUGUUCCAUGACCGUUGUAAAUGGUUCGCAGGACAUUAUGCGGCGGCGGACUCUGUUUCAACCCGUCACCGAGUUGUUUGCAGACAUAUCCAAGAUGAGCUGCCACUGA